AUGGGCGGCGGUGGAGAAGAUGAAUAUGAAUCGCUUCCAACUCAUAGUGUAGCGGUGAGUGAAAUUCAGGGAUUUUCAAGAAUUUUGGCUAAAAAAUCAUAGGAAAAACUUGAUUUUGACAUAAAAAUAACCCAAAUUUAAUAAGAAAAUCAUAAAUUUUACCCCUAAAAUCCCCAUUUUCAGGUUCAUUUAUCCGCUGGAGCCCUAGCUGGAGCCGUCGAACACUGUGUAAUGUUCCCAUUUGACUCAGUCAAAACACGAAUGCAAUCACUUUGUCCGUGUCCCGAAACGAAAUGCCCAACACCGGUUCAUUCGUUGGCUAGUAUUAUUAAAAGGUUGGCUGGAUUUUUUGGGGGGAAGUUGUCGAAUAAAAAUGAAACUGUGAAAAUUGGGAUUUUUUUGAAUAGAAAUUUUGAAACAGUGAAAUUUUUUGGAAAAAUUUUGAAUUAGUUAAUUUUUUUAAUUUAAAAAAAUGCCGUUAUAUUUAGCAUCAAUCACUGGAAAUUGAGAAUUUUAAAAUAGAAAUUUUGAAACAGUGAAAUUUUUCAUUUUUUGUUUGAAAAAUUUUGAAUCAGUUAAUUUUUUUAUUUAAAAAGUUGUUUGUAAAAAGGAAACGAUCAAAGUGUGAAAUUUGGGAUUUUUUCAAAUAGAAAUUUUGAAACAGUGAAAUUUUUUAAAUAUUUUUUUCUUGCAAAAAUUAGAAGAUCAGAUUUUCCCCUGAAAAUCCAAUUUUUUAAAUAGAAUUUUGAAACAGUGGAAUUUUAUAAAUGGAAAACAUGCAAAUCAGUGAAAAUUAAGAAUUUUUUUAAUAGAAUUUUUGAAACAUUGAAAUUUUUUAAAUAUUUUUUUCUUGCAAAAAUCAGAAGAGGAAAGGGGCAAGUUUCAGUUAAAAGCAAUACUUUUGAUCGAAUUUUUAAACAGUGAAAUUUUUUAAAUAUUUUUUCUCAACAAACCAUUGAAGAUCAGAUUUUCCAUUGAAAAUCCAAAAUUUUUAUAGAUUUUUGAAACAGUGACAUUUUUUGAUGAUUUUUUCCGAUUUGAUAUUUAAAUUAUUAAAAGUGAAAAUUGAGAUUUUUGAAAACGAAAUUUUGAAACAGUGAAUGUUUAUGUCAAAAUUUAAGAAGACUGUAAUUGACCUAAGAAUAAACCCAAAAUUAUUUGUAAAACUUCAGAAAUCAAAAAUAAUUCAAAUUUCAAAAACCCUAGGAAAGUCCAGCUGAAAAUGGAAGAAAUUUUUUCGAGUUUUUCAUGUCAGAUGAAUUAUAUUCCAUUAAAAAUCCAGUAAUUUGAUAAAAUUUUGAAACAGUGAAUUCUUUGGAUGUUUUAUGGACUGUUUUCUGAAAUUAUCUAGAAAACAUCUGAAAUCAGAAAAUAUCACGAAAAUUCUGUCAAAUUUCAAAAAUUGAUCAGAAAAUCCUAGAAAAUCUGUCCAAAAAACCCAUUCCUAAUUCCAGAGAAGGUUGGCUUCGCCCACUUCGAGGUGUAAACGCAGUGGCCGCCGGCUCAAUGCCAGCUCACGCUCUUUACUUCACAGUAUACGAAAAAAUGAAGGGAUUCCUCACGAAUAAUUCAGUUGGACACGCAAAUACCCUGGCUUAUGGAGCAUCUGGAGUUGUUGCAACUCUUGUUCAUGACGCAAUUAUGAAUCCGGCUGAAGUUGUUAAACAACGAAUGCAAAUGGCUUUCUCACCAUAUGGUUCGUCUUUGGAAUGUGCACGAUGUGUUUUGAAUCGCGAAGGAAUUGGCGCGUUUUAUCGAAGUUAUACAACGAGUUUGGCUAUGAAUGUACCGUUUCAAGCGAUUCAUUUUAUGGGUUAUGAGUUUUGGCAACAUGUUAGUUUUUUUGAGGGGGGUUUUGAGGUGAAAAAUUGUGAAAAUUUCUUAUAAAAAGUGGUAUUUUUCUCCUGAAAAAAUUUCACGAAUUUCACUGGUCGAAAAUCCUAUUUUUCAUCAGUUUUUGCAAGUAAAAAUCAAAUCUUCCUCCUGACAAAUUUCACUGUUUCAAAAUUGUUUAGAAAAAAUAUGUUCAUUCUUGCAAAAUUGAUAGUGUGAAGGUAAACAAUUGAAAACUUGAAAAAUUUAACAUUUUCUAAAAAAAAAUAAAAACAGAAAAUUUGAAUGGUUCCUGAAAUUUUGAAUUCAACUGCCCAAAAAUCAUAUUUUUCAUCAGUUUUUGCAAGUAAAAUCAAUUUUUUUAUUCUGAAAAAUUUCACUGUUUCAAAAUUUUUUAGAAGAAAUUUGUUUGUUUUUGGAAAAUUAAUGCAUUUUUCCAUGCAAUUUAUCUGACCGAAAAGUUAUAUUUUUCAUCAGUUUUUGCGAAUAAAAAUCAAUUUUUCCUCCUGAAAAAAUUCACUGUUUCAACAUUUUUUGAAGAAAUUCAUUUAUUUUCAAAAAAUUAAUAAAACAAUCGUUUAUGUUCGAAUUUCCUUAAAAAACUGCUCAAAAUCCUAUUUUUCAUCAGCUUUUGCAAGUAAAAAUAAGAUUUUCCUCCUAAAAAAUUUCACUGUUUCAACAUUUUUUAGAAGAAAUUUAUUCAUUUUUGAAAAAUUAAUUGAUCAAUCUUGAAAUAUUUUUCAUCAGCUUUUUCAAUGAAACAUCAAUUAUUUCACCUGAAAUAAUUUCACUGUUUCAAAUUUUUUAGAAGAAAUUUAUUUUAUUUUUGAAAAAUAAUAUGUCAAUACUGUAUUCUGGAAUUUAUCUGACCGAAAAAUUAAAUUUUUUUUCUACAGUUUUAGCGAAUAAAAAUCAAUUUUUUCUUCUGAAAAAUAUUACUGUUUCAAGUGUUUAAGAAGAAAUGUAUUUAUUUUUGAAAAAUUAAUCGAUCAAUAAAUAGCUUUUCCUGAAAAAUUUUACUGUUUCAACAUUUUUUUUAAAGAAAAUUUUUCUAUCUGUUUUUCAAUGAUAUAUUAAUUUUUUCUCAUGAAAAAAUUUUACUGUUUCAAACUUUUAAGAAGAAAUUUAUUUUAUUUUGGAAAAAUAAUAGGUCAAUGCUGUAUUCUGGAAUUUAUCUGACCGAAAAAUUACAUUUUUUUUUCAUCAGUUUUAGUGAGAAAAAAUCAAUUUUUCUCUUGAAAAAUUUUACUGUUUCAACAUUUUUUUAAAGAAAAUUUUUCUAUCUGUUUUUCAAUGAUACAUUAAUUAUUAAUUUUUUCUCAUGAAAAAAUUUUACUGUUUCAAAUUUUUAAGAAGAAAUUUAUUUUAUUUUUGAAAAAUAAUAUGUCAAUACUGUAUUCUGGAAUUUAUCUGACCAAAAUGAAAAAUUACAUUUUUUUUCUACAGUUUUAGCGAAUAAAAAUCAAUUUUUUUCUUCUGAAAAAUUUCACUGUUUCAAAUUUUUGAGAAGAUAAUUUUUCUAUCGGUUUUUCAAUAGAACAUCAAUAUUGCACUUGAAAAAAUUUACUGUUUCAAAUUUUUUAAAAGAACAUUUUUCUAUCUGUUUUUCAAUGAUAUAUCAAUUUUUUUCUCAUGAAAAUAUUUUUUUUUUGAAUGAUUAUUGUCGUUCCGAAAAAGACCGUUGGAAGAGAACCGAAAUGGCCUAGGAAACCAAAACUACAGUAGACUUCGCAAAAUUUUGGAGUCUUUUUGAAAAAUAAAAUGCGAAAUUUACACGCUGGCUAUUUGCCAACCAGUUUGAUGUGCAUGUGUCACGUCAUUUUUAGUCUACUGUACGUGAGCGCCAAUUCAAACGGGGGUUCUUUUAUUUUCGGAUUGACAAUAUGUACAUUCAUAUUUUUCCUGAAAAAAUGUCACUGUUUCAAAUUUUUUAAAAGAAAUUUAUUUAUUUUUGAAAAAUUAAUGUGUCAAAAAAUUGUUCAGCAAAAAAUAAAAAUAGAAUAAAAAUCACAGCCAAGCUUCCACAUUUUCUAUCUUUCCAGAUCCUCAAUCCCGAACACAAAUACGAUCCAAAAUCUCAUCUAAUAGCUGGUGGUUUGGCUGGUGGUUUAGCCGCAGCAAUUACAACACCAAUGGAUUGUGUGAAAACUGUAUUAAAUACACAACAAACUGCUGAAACGACGGCUGAAAAUGCGAAUCGACGGAUCUUUUUACACUCGAAUAGUAGUAGUUAUUAUAAGGGAAUUACGGAUGCUGUUAGAAUGAUUUAUACGCAAAGAGGAAUGGCUGGAUUUAGUUGUGGAUUGCAAGCCAGAGUUAUAUUUCAGGUUAGUUAGCCUAAGUCCAUUUGGAAAAAUUGCAAGCUCCGCCCCUUUUUUUUUGCAAUUUUGCGGCUCGAUUUUCCAACAAAAAUUCGAUUUAUUUGGAAAUUAGGAUAAAUCAUGCCGCAAGAUUUCAAGAAUUAGUAAAUCUGCAAUUUUAGGGCAUAGUUUUUUCCUACGAAAAAUUAUUUGAAAAAAAGUGUGCCGCAAAAUUGCAUUUUCUAAGCCCCGCCCAUUUUUUUGCAAUUUUGUGGCUCUGGUUUCCAUCAAAAAUUUGAUUUGAAAAAUAAACCAUGCCGCAAAAUUCCAGAAAUUAGUAGAAUUGCAAUUUUAAGGCAUAGUUUCUGAUUUCAAAAAAAUUAUUUGAAAAAAAUUGAAAUUUUUAAAUAAAAAAAAAUGUUGGAUUAGAAAUUUUUACCUAAAAUUGAAUUUUUCAAAAAUUUUGACUGAAAAUUCGAAAAAUGGUUAAUUUCAGGCUUUCGGGCCUUUUCCCCAGAUUUUCUAGGCCAAAUCCCAUUUUUGCAGGUUCCAGCAACAGCUUUAUCAUGGUCCGUCUAUGAAUUAUUCAAAUUUAUGUUAUCAAUGGAAGAAUCUCAAAAAUAG